UCUAGAAGGGAAACUGUUGGUGACAGCAGAGGCAUUGUAAGUUUCGUUUUCUGCCUCUUUGGCGCCAUCAGUUUCAUUUUAGAUUCAUCGUACGACGGAAGCCGGCAGGGCUCACACUUUCGCUCAAAGCUGUCAAACUUCGCGGGAGGAGACGGUGCUGAUAAGAAGCAUGGCGAAACACGCAAAGUCUCUGCUGUCACGGUGGUCCUCCCGUGUUUUCCUCGUGGAGGUCGACGAAAAGCCGCAUUACUUUCGCCUCCAGGCGCGGCACGGCGGGGAACGGGCGCCGCGGGUGUUCGGGCGGCUCCGACAGGAGGACCGGUGCUUCUCGGUGCUCGUCUGCACCGGAGACAGAAUUAAGGGAGCAAAGUUUUACCCGGAGCUGAGGGACAAGCUGUCAAACGAGCUGCCCCCGGGGUGCGAUCUCACCACCAUGGGCUCGUUUUUGCCCCGCGUCAGGGACUCUUUUAUCAGGGGUUAUUUUCUAAAAAGCAGCGCUGAAUAUUCGGCGCACGUUGAGCGACUCCUGCGGGAUUUGGGGCGCCGCGAGCCACUAUUAGUGUGCUCCUACGCUGCGAGUGGAGGAGGUGGGCAGGCGUGGACGCAGCGCCUGUGGUCUCCAUCGGAGGACGAGACGGUGUCCGAUUAUUUUGUGGUGUCCUCUGAUGAACCCGAAUGCCACCCAUCUGCACUCAGCAUGAUAAACAAUGACGUCUUCUACAGCUUUGAGGAGGCGCGUGACGUGUUCAGGAAGUGCAGGGACGUCAUCCCAGAGGCGGCGUCUGUCCUGGAGAUGCUUCCCGGCUCAGCGGAAGUUUCCCAGAAGCCAUUGUUCCCUGUUGUUGUCCUAGAGGGACUGGACGCCACGGGGAAGACCACUUUGACCGAGUCUUUGAGGGAGACUCUUGGGGCCGCACUCCUGAGAUCCCCUCCCGACUGCCUGUCCCCUUGGAGAGCCCUCUUUGAUCGGGAGCCGCCUCUCAUCCGUAGAGCCUUCUACGCUCUGGGGAACUACAUCACGGCACAGCAGAUAGCCCAGGAAGGCAUGAAGACGCCUGUCAUUGUUGACAGGUUUUGGCACAGCACGGCGGCGUACGCCAUCGCCACGGCAACAGGCGGCCCGGUUUCCAACCUUCCUGGGGAAGGUUCGGAAGUUUACAGUUGGCCCGGCGAUCUGCUGCGGCCCAGCUUGGUGCUCCUGCUCACUCUGGAUGCUGAAGAGAGGAAGAGGAGGCUGAAGGACAGAGGUCUGGAGAAGACGGAUGAAGAACAAAAGCUGGACCGCAACCAACUUUUCCGUCUGAGAGUAGAGGAAGCUUAUCGGAGGAUCAGCGGUCCGCCGUGCGUCACCGUGGAUGCUAGCCCCUCUGCGGAUAAAGUGCUCCAACAAACGUUGCUCCUAAUUAGAAACAACUGCCACUUAUGAGGUUUUUUUUUUUGUUUACAUUAUUUUAAACUCUCCCUUGCUCAAAGUGGGUGCAGUACCUCUUCUGACCACUGGGUGCCAGUAAGGUGUUACCGAUGGGACAGCAGGAGAGCAGGUGGCCAGAUCUGACUGUGGAGAACAGACUGUGUUCACAAUGAGCAAAGGUUGAGUGGCCAGGAGCCAGAACUGCAUGCUGACACAAAUACAUAUUAAUACGUACACACACACACACACGCACACACACAAACAUGCACUGAUAUAUUGAUGACCACACGUGUACACAAUGUUGUUUAGACGCUUCAAACAUCACAAUGUAGCCCUAAAACCAAAUGUUGCAUUAAAAUGAUUCUACAAGCUCAAGUUACCGAUAAUUACAAUUUAAAUGAUCUUAACAUUGAUUUUGUAAACAAAACAGUGAACCUUUUGACUUGUUUCAGCCAAAAAAAUGUUUUUAUUCAGGUAAUUAAUAUUUAAAUAAAUAUAAUAAAUAAAAAUCUGUCCUGAUGUUUAUAUAUUUGUGUGUUUUUGCAACAAUUUUGUACUAAUUUAAACACUAAGUAGAGUAAUCUCUAAUCUAAUAAUAUUUACAAGCUGUAGAAUCCGUUAACCAAUCACAUUCUGUCUGUUUCUAUCAAAGUCCACUAGCAUCACUCAGUUUCAUCAUUAGUCCACGUUAACAGAUCAACAUUUCUUUUAUGAUUCCCCCCAAAGUUACGACUUUUCUGUCUGAUUGGUGAGAUGAUGAAAAACCAGAAGGUGAUGCGAUGAUGCAGUAAAUCUUCAAAGCCACCUUUGAAGGUUCAGAGUAUCAUCUGUAGUAAGUGAGCAAUCAGGAAAGACUACAAGGCAUUGGAAUGGGCCAUCAGACUGUGUUUGCUUGGGUUGGCGAUACUAAAAAUAUAUAUAGAUACAUAUAAAUAUAUAUAUAUUCACGACUUUUGUUUGGUGGCCUUUUACAUCUGAGUGGGCCAAAACACUAGCAAACAGUGCAAACUGAUGUUGGUUAAGGGAUUGUUCUUCCUCAAAAAAGACUAAUAAAGAUGAUCAGAAAAUCCAAACCCAAA